GACAGCUGUUCGCUUGAUGCCCGCUGUCGCAUUUUUUAACUGAAUAAAUUAUUAAAACGUAGCUUUGGUAUAAUGUGUCUUCUGUGCACACAGUGCACGGAUAAUGCCACUGGCAUUAUCCCAUUAAGUUCACAGGAAGCUGAGCUACUUGACGUUAAAGCAAUCGUAGAAAAACACUUUUGGCUGCGGAUUGGAGACGCCAGUGGACAUAUUUGCGGUGCUUGCUGGAGCGAGUUGCAUGCAUUCCAUAAUUUCUAUUUACGUGUAGAACAAGCGCACAAGGCGCUACUCGAAAUUACAAACUUAUCAAUAGUUAAACAGACGGAGGAAACCGGGGCACAGGAAACCGUUUCCAUGGAAUUGCAGGUGGCAAAGGAUGUGGUUAAGACGGAGACAGGGCUAGGCGACAGUGUGGCGGCUGCUGUUAAGCGUCGGCGUGGUCGUCCACGCAAACAGCUAGCAGGCGGGGAAGCAACAGGUAUCGAUAGCAACGAAUUUAAAACCGUGUUGGAGCAGAUCAAUCUAAACGAAAUUAAAAUCGAAUUCCCUGAGGCUGACUUAAGCAUAGCUGAUGUGCUCGAAGACCAGGAGGAGCAAAGUAUAUCCGAUUUUCUGCAACAAAGUGAAGAUGAAAGCGCAGCAGAUGCUGCUGCCAUCGUCAAGCCAAAACAAAAAAAACCUCGAAAGACCAAAAAACGUCGCUGCCUAACCAAACUGAAAACUAGCGGCGUACAUAAUGUAAAGAAAUCACAAGAGUUCAAUGAAUACAUCAGGGAGCACUACAAGAUCUAUUGUCCAUUUUGUAAUGUACCAAUGGAGGACUUCUCUGAGAUGCUGUCGCACUCACGUAAGGAGCACAAUCAGCGCGGCUAUGCGAUGUGCUGCAAUCGCAAGUUUUUGAAGCGAGGCGUGCUCGUCGAUCACCUGCGGCGACAUCAGGAUCCGGAUCUGUUCAAAUGUCAGAUAUGCCAUCGUGUGAUGGGCCAGCGUCGCAGUCUGGAGCUGCAUAUGCGCAUGCACGAGAUCAAGCAACAUGGACGGCUCUACCAGUGCGAGCAUUGCUCGAAGAGCUUCUACAGCUCCGUCGUGUGCGAGCGCCACAAACUAACCCACAUUCCCAAGGAACAGUGGCAAGCAACGUGCACCAACUGCAGCAAAACAUUUCCCAACGAGUACCUGAUGCAGCAGCAUGUGAAGCUGGUGCAUUUGCGAAAGUUUGACAAGAUUUGCGACGUGUGUGGCAAGUCGAUUAGAGGUAGGGAGGCUUUAGUUCGUCACAUGGAGGAGCAUGCCGGUGCGCCGCAAAAGAUUAUCAAGUGUCAUCUGUGUGAAUCGACGCUAACAACCAAAUACGGAUUGGCCCGUCACAUUAAGAUGAUGCAUACAGCAGAGAAUUUGCAGCCGAUGCAGUGCGAAGUGUGCCUCAAAGUGUCCCCCACCCUGCAAGCGCAUCAGCACCACCUCAAGUACACUCACAAUACGGCACGUACUCACGAGUGUCCGAUGUGCGAGAAAGCAUUUAAACGCCCCAACGAAUUACGCGAGCACAUGACAACGCACACGGGUGAGGUGUUGUACACCUGCCCGCAUUGUCCGAAGACCUUCAAUUCGAAUGCCAAUAUGCACGCACAUCGCAAGAAAAUGCAUUUCAAGGAAUGGCAGGAGUAUCAUCGUCAGCAUCAAUCUCGCUAUCGUCGAUCGGAUACGAUAAUCUCUGUGAGCGUGAGGAAGACAACGGAGAAUGCAGAAGCGGCUGUGGCAGUGGCAGAAGCAGGUGCAGCUGCAGCUGUUGAGGUUGAGGCAGAGGUGGAGGCAGCCACGCGAACAGCAGGAACGGAAGUACUAUCACUUAUGUCAGUGGACAACGUCUUGGAGUGUUGAGAUUGCGUGUGCCCUGUGACAUAAUUGUACUUUGCGUUUAUUUUGAUUUCGGCGUAAUCAGUGUAUAAAGCUUGAACAACAAUUUGUAGCUUGUUUUA